GUCCUGGAGGACUACGCAGAUCCCUUUGAUGCGGCGCAGGUGGCUGUUAGCCAGGCAGGGCUGGAGAAGGUGACGGAGAACGAUGGAUAUAUGGAGCCGUAUGAAGCCCAGAAGAUGAUGGCUGAGAUCCGCCAGAAGGGCUUACGGGAGGCUCCCACCCGGCCACUGCACCUCUACGACACUCCCUACGAGCCUGUGCUUGGAGGGCUGGACAUGGACGGUGACCGCCCAGCUUGCCCCAGGCCCAGGGAGUCCCGGCUGCCUGAGGAUGACGAGCGGCCACCGGAGGAGUACGACCAGCCCUGGGAGUGGAAGAAGGAGCGGAUCUCCAAAGCUUUUGCNNNUGAAAUCAAGGUCAUUAAAGACCUGCCAUGGCCACCACCGGUGGGACAGCUCGACAGCGGUGAAAGCCCCCUGGACGGUGAGUCCAGUGCCUCCGUCCCUCUGCAGCAUGGCCAGCCCAGCUACGAAGAUGCCAAUGGUCCAUCAGAGGGGCUGGGGUAUGGCCGCACCUCGCCCUGCAGGGAGGAGAAGGCCAGGGCUGCCCUCAGGCAUGGCUCCAGCAGCCUCAAGAGCACGAAGACGCUGAUUGCUGAGCCUGGCCCCUUCGUCGGGGAGAGGAUUGACCCUGCCCUGCCCCUGGAGAGCCAGUGCUGGUACCACGGGGCCAUCAGCCGGACAGAUGCGGAGACGCUGCUGAGGCUGUGCAAGGAGGCCAGCUACUUGGUGCGCAACAGCGAGACCAGCAAGAACGACUUCUCCCUCUCCUUGAAGAGCAGCCAGGGCUUCAUGCACAUGAAACUGUCCCGGACCCAAGAGAACAAGUACGUGCUGGGUCAGCACAGCCCACCCUUCGACAGUGUGCCGGAGAUCAUUCAUCACUACGCCAGCCGCAAGCUGCCCAUCAAGGGGGCUGAGCACAUGUCCUUGCUUUACCCGGUGGCUAUACGUACCCUAUAGUCCUCACCCACCAUGAGCCAGGCUCGAGGCCGGGUGCACCCAGAACUGGCCCAUCCGCAGGGCUGAGUGCCACCAUGCCAAGGAUGGGCUCCGGACCAGCAGCCCGCAAGCAGCUCACUGGGCACAGCCAGCACUGUUGGGGAUUGCUGCAGCCGGACUCCUCAUCCCGCUCUCUCAGGGGGCUCCCGUGUGCCAGUUUGCCUGCUGGGAUGGCACCGGGGGGACCCCCCGUGUGAGGAGCUGAGCAGGGCUCGCCGGCUGCCCACUGCUCUCGCCUGCCUCCAGGCAGAGCUCGGGAUGUAAGGACUGGAGCUGGGGC